AAAAAUUUUUCUUGGCAAAUUUCGCUGACCUCGGGUCAGGAAAAUCACAUGAUAUUUUUUAUUUUGAAUGCUUAUAUACAGUCUAUUAGUUUUAUAUAUUAUAGAUCAUGUCAUCCGAGCUUGAAGUAUUGAAACAGCGUAUCAUAGAACUUGAGGCUGAGAAUGCCGAAAUACCUGAUCUUAGAAGAAAGAUCUCAGAGUUCGAUGCUGAGAGAGUUGAUCUUAGAAGAAAGCUCUCAGUGUCUGAUGCUGAAAUAGCUGAACUUAAGCGCAGUAAUAACGAGUUUCUAAGAGCGAAUAAGGAAUAUAACGAGAGGCGUGAUGCUGAAAAUGCCAAACUCAGGGCCACAAUCGAGGAGUUGAAAUCCCUAACAUUAACUCAUCUAACUUCAAUUCGGGUGCGGUCCAUCAUGAAAAACCGUUAGAGGAGAAAGAGAUGGAUAGUUUCUUGC